AUGUCCAACCGCUUGGAAAGUGCAACACCAUGUCACCACGAUGGUCCUACCCUAAUAUUACAAGCGGUCGCGUCUCAAGAUUUAUGGAUUUGGCAUGCGUACUUUGGCAUGGCUGGGGCGAACAAUGACAUCGCAGUUUUACAAUCUUCGAAUCUUUUAGACGACGUCAUAGAUAGUUUUGCACCAGAUACUUCAUUCUAUGCAAACGACGUGGAGUAUAAGUAUGGGUACUAUCUCACAGAUGGUAUUUAUCCAGAGUGGGCGACGUUUGUGAAAACUCUUUCGUGUCCAGAUGACGAGAAAAGAAUGUAUUACAAGAAGAAACAAGAGACAGCAAGAAAAGAUAUCGAGCGGGCUUUCGGUGUGUUAAAAAAGAGAUGGUAUAUCACUGCCCAGCCGUCGAUGAUACUUGAAAAAAGUAAAUUGAGAAACAUCAUGUAUACAUGCAUCAUCUUGCAUAACAUGAUAUUGGAGGACUCGGACAGAGCAUUUUAUAGAGAAAGUUAUGAUGAAAGUAACCAACCGACGAACCCACUACUCACAUACGCUGAAAAAGAAGUUAUCCGAGCGAGGAUACGUGACAGAGACACGCACCAUAACCUUCGAGCUGAUCUGACCGAGCAUCUAUGGUUUUAUCGUGAACAUGGAGGAGACGACGAAGACGACCAGUGA